AUGGGCAGCCUGGCCUCGGGACCGGGAGCCGGGGGGCAGCAUGGGGGUGGGGAUGAGCCAGGGCGGCGCGGGGGGCCGGGGGGCCCGCGGCAGAGCGCCAGCGAGCGGGAGAAGCUGCGGAUGCGGCGGCUGGCGCAGGCGCUGCUGAGGCUGCGGCACUACCUGCCGCCCGCGCUGGUGCCCGCGGGGCAGAGCCUGACCAAGAUCGAGACCCUGCGCCUCGCCAUCCGCUACAUCGCCCACCUCUCGGCCCUGCUGGGGCUCAGCGAGGAGGCGCUGGCCCGGCGGCGGGGGGCGGCCCCCCGGCACUGCCCCCUCUGCCCACAGGGUCUGGGGUGCUGCCAGGCCCCGGACCCCCGCCUGCACCCACCAGCCCCAGCCCCACGGGAUGCUUCGCCCCCUGAUACUGUGGGCUGGGGGUCCCCUCCCAUGAUGGGGACGUCCCUGGAUCUUCAUGGGGCUCCUGGCAUGGGGACGGGUGCCUGGGGCUCACCCCCGUGUGGCUCUGCUGCGGGGACCCCCCCAGAGGUGCUUGGGGUUCCCGACACGGGCAUGGAGGCCUGGGGGUCGCCCCCCUACAUCCCUGUCGCAGGGAUCCCCCUGGAGCUGCACAGGACCCCUGUCUCCAUCUCGGGGUCCUGGUCAUCACCGCUGUGCAGCCUCGGAGCAGUCACCCCGCUGGAGCCCCCCCAGAGACGCGCCACCGCCACGGGCACCGGGACGGCUUCCUCCUGCUGCUUGGAACCUGCAGCCCCCCCGCAGCCUCCUGGGGCAGGACUGACGGACGCAGGGCCCCCCGAGACGCCCACGCGUGGCUCCCAGCUGCCUGCGCACUGCCAGGUACCCACAGCCCCCUCCCCAGCCCGGCCCCUGCUCCCGCACCCACCACCCUCGGGGGCAGCGGGGCCGGGGGGUGGAUGCUCCUCGCAGGGCGCGGGCAGGGCUGCUUCAGCAAAUCCCCCUGCACGCCAUGGCCGGGGGGUCUGCCUGCGCUGGGGGGCACAGACUGAUGCGUGCUGAGCCAGAGAGUCAGCCCGGGUGCGGGGUGGGGGGCACCGGGUGUGGGGUGGGGGGCGCGGUACCGCCCCACGGCCGCUCGCCUGACACAGCUCUUUCUGCACAGCUCGGCAGCCCACCCGCCCUGCACAGGCUCGUCUGCCCGGCCCCCCGUGCAGACCCCGUCCUGCCCAGCUGCACCCCAGCACGGCACUGGGGGGGCUGGAGCUGAUCCUGCACCCCCAGCCGCAGCGGCCGUGUGGAGGACGGCGGCGUGGCCGUCCCAUAGAGC